AACGGUAUAAACAAAUCAGAAAUCUAUCCAUAAGUUUUAGAAUGUUCAUAAAGUUAAUGAUGUUUGCUUCCUUUAUGGCUGGAGGUUUCUGUUCUCCAAAUUCUAUUCCUCUUCCUUACGGUUCUCCGCCAAAAAACAAGUAUUCCGAGAUUCCGCAUUGUGCCAAGAAUACUACUAAGGCGUGGUGUCUCGAAGACUCUCAGUAUCCUCAACACGAAGUUCAACAAGCCCUUGACCAGCACUAUCAAGCCGUCCUUACAUUCUAUAAAGAUAAAUUAGCGAGCACUGAAAACUCAGUUAACGGACUUGACAAGUUUAAUGACGAGGUUUACCUUUGUCCGAGUUCCACCGAUUAUGUUCGUCCUCUCCGUGCCAUCAAUGUCGAGGGAAAAUGGCGGAUCAUUAUCAACCGUGUUGAGUCUUAUGGCGCCAAAUAUACUCAAACGGCUCGCAUUGAAGAAUGCAAUGUUGUGGUUGGCAACAGUUGUCCAUUGAUCCCAGCGUGCUACGAAUCCAAAUGCAUCCAGAAGAACAUGUUUCAUCGCUUUUUAGUCUACAAUCCUCAAGAUUACACCUUCCCAUUUGCAAUUGAAAAAUUUAAGCUACCUGGAUCGUGCGGAUGCGUUGUUGGAGCAUUUCAUCUUUAA